ACUGUCCAGCAACCCUACCAACUCCAUUCUUCAAGUACGUCACUAAAUUGCUAAAUUCCUUGUUUCUUUCUUCAAUGCUCCUGUUGUUUACUUUAGAGUUUUAUUUUUGGGAUUCAAAAUUUUUUUUUUUUUUUUGGUGCAAAAGGUUUCUAGUAAUCAUAGUUUUAUUUCAAAUCUUCUUGAUGUCUGUCUACCUAAUCCCGAAAGGUAAGGAGAAGAAAUGCAACCAAAUGGGCAAUACAAAGGAUGGAAUAUGGAAAUGGGACCUUGCCUGGAGAAGAAGCAUGUUCGAAUGGGAAGCUGAUAAUGCGAAGGAACUCAACGUCAUGAUUAAAGACACGAGAAUCUCACCAGGUAUCCCAAACAAGUGGCUGUGGACACACAACAAAGAUGGCCAGUAUUCAACCAAAUCAGCUUACUCACUGCUAAUAAAAGACCACGGUGGAUCAAGUGGAGCUUCAACUUUUAAGAGGGUGUGGAAUCCAAUUCUUCCAAAUAAAAUAUUAGCAUUUAAUUGGCAAGUUUUAUUAGAUAGAAUCCCAACCAAACUUAAUUUACUGAAAAGAGGGUGCGCCAAAUGGUGGGAAGAUAGCAAGUGUGUCAUGUGCGAAGCAGAGGAGGAAGAUUCGGAUCACCUAUUUUUAAAAUGCAGGUUGGUCAAGUGGUUGUGGAAGGCAUGUGCUGCUUGGUGGGGGAUCAAUGUAAGGCUGGAUAAUAAUUGUUGGGAUACAUUCGAGAAGCUUGGGGAAGGGAACAAAGAUUCACGCAUUAGAGAAGGUUGGGACUGCAUCUGGAAUGCUAUGGUCUGGUCGAUGUGGUUAGCAAGAAAUCAGAAGAUAUUUCAACAAUCAGAGCAGAAAAAAGAAAAGCUACUGGAACUCAUACAAUUGAGAGCUUUUUUAUGGAUUAAAGCAAGAAAGCCCGAUUCUGCUCUUCUUCUUCUUCUCCCUACACUGAACAAGAAGACCCAAGCCGACCCACACCUCCCCUUGGAAAAAAAGGGAAUUUCCGGAUCUGCUCUGCUCUAUCCUUCCGUCGGCUGCUCUUCAUUGUUGGGUGUGAGUUCUUCAAAAUUUCUGAUUGCCGCCGGCCUUCCCCCAAACUGCAGCUCCAGUUUUGCUGGAAUUUUGGUGCUGUUAUGGCUUAGAGCAUUGGGAUUAAGCCUUCGGUAUUACGGAUUUGAGGUUUUGUGGUAUCAGAUUGUGGCAUGAUGAAGUUCCAAGCCUUGUGCAUUUGUGGGACCCUCUUACGAGUGCACGACACUCCCCUUUAGUUCCUUUCAUUUAAAAUAGAUUUAGAUUGUGUUGGUUUUUUUUUUUUUUUUAACAUUAUUUCUCUUUUCAAAUAUUUUGAUAUGUUUAUGAAUUUUGUGCUUAAUUCACCAUUGUUUUUGAUUGUCAUGGACAAAUUAAAUAAAACUAAUUCACUUAUUACAUUUUAUGCAUUGAUUGUUCUGAGCUUUUGUGCUAAAGCGUACUACAACUCAAUGCAUCCUUUUGGGCCAAUAACUAUUGUUUUAUACUCUCAUCAAUAUUAUUAUUGCUUCAGUUAUGUAGUUAUGGGCAGAUUUCUCUUCUCAUCAAAUUUGGAGUUGCAAUUUUCACUUAGAGUUUUGAAGAUGGUCAAGAGGCAGAUUACUGGAGAUUUUCCUUUUAUGAUUAUCAUAUUAGAAAUGAACUAAAUGUAGAAAU